UAGCGAUGGAUCGUGGGACUAGAGUCCGUUUGCCCGCAACUGUUCUUUCUGCUCGUCACAUCUAGAUUGUUUUAUUUUGAAUAGUGUAAGCACUUCUAACAAGGUUCAGGUUGCGCGUAACACACCAUAUUCUCAGACCAGACUGGACGACCGGAUCAGGGACCAAGUUACAUUUUAAGGAUUUUAAGCCUAUUAGAUGAAGUUCAUUGAAAUUUUAUUAUUGUGAUGUUGCCAUCUUAUUUAUCAAACGAAUUACCCCCCUUGUCAAGUUAUGGUCUCUGAUUUUCAGUGACAAACAUUAAUACUCAUGAAAAUUACGUACUUUUAACGGACGAUGGUUCAAUACGAACGGAAAAAUUUCCACAAAAAACGCUAUUACAACAAGGACGAAGAAAUUACUGAUGUCCCUCGACAAACCAUUUGGAAUCAGAAAAAGAAACAUUGUGUGGGGAUUGAAAAUGAUAUCAUUCAAACGGACAAUUCGCAGUUUGUGGUUUUGGAGCGUGAUGUGUCAACAUCAAGACAAGGCGGCUCGGUUAAUGAGACAGUUAGUGACGAACGAGCAGCAUAUGUCAGUAUUGGAAAUGGAAUUGGGCCUUCUUCGGAAAAUACCACUGAAAAUACGGGCCGACAAGCAAUCUUUCCUCAUCAAGAAAGAGAUUUUGAAUUCCAAUCAGAGGGUUCCUCAAAUAAUGGAGAUGAAGAAAGUAGCAGUGACGCAGAAGACAGAGAAUCCAAUACCAAUAGUUCUCACCUCCAGGAUGAUCAAUCAGAAUUUUCGGUAUGAAACCUGUUCUGUAGCAACUUCACUG